GCGACGCCGCGUACCGCAGCUGGUCGCCGCUCACCGAGGAGGGCUACGCGGAGAAGCUGCGGCUGCUGCGCGAGGCCGCUUCCGUGCCCAUGGAGCGGUGGCGCGCGCCCACUGUGCUCGCCUGGCUGGAGAUCGCGCUGGGCAUGCCGCAGUACGGGCCCCGCUGCGCCGAGAACAUCAAGAGCGGAAAGGUGCUGCUGGAACUGAGCGACGUGGAGCUGGAGCACGGGCUGGGCAUCUCGCACCCGAUGCACCGCAAGAAGCUGCGCCUGGCCAUCGAGGAACACCGCCACCCGGCGCUGGUGCGCUACCCGUGCAUCGCGCAGCUCGGCCACACCUGGGUGUCCAGCGAGUGGCUGCCGGACCUGGGCCUCGCGCAGUAUUCGGAAAACUUCGCUACCAACAUGGUUGAUGCGCGAAUGUUGGACCACUUGAGCAAAAAGGAGUUGGAGAAAUUCCUUGGUGUGACGCGGAAGUUCCACCAAGCUUCAGUGGUUCACGGCAUCCAUUUACUUCGAAUGAUGAAGUACGACCGGCAGGCGCUGGCAGUGCGGCGGCACCAGUGCGAGACGGUGGACGCCGACCCCCUGGUGUGGACCAACCAGCGGUUCAUCCGUUGGGCGCGGAACAUCGACCUCAGCGAAUACGCCGACAACCUCAAAGACAGCGGCGUCCACGGCGCUCUCGUCGUGCUGGAGCCGUCGUUCAACGGCGACACGAUGGCCACCGCGCUGGGCAUCCCACCCUCCAAGAACAUCAUCCGGCGCCACCUGUGCGCCGAGCUGGAGGCGCUCGUACUGCCGGCCAGGUACGUCAUCUUCUGCCAGAUGGAGGAGUACCAAGCGGAAGUGGCUCGCGCCGUCAACAACGUGAAGCCGAUCGCGAGAGCUGCAUUUGAGCACUUUGUUCGAGUAAGCAAGUCGGAGCGUAGGAAGCGUGCGGAGAAGUUGGUCGGUGGGGGCAGUCUGGGGCGAAGCUUCUCUCGCUCUUACGCGGGCAGCUUGGCGGACCGGCCAGGCGGGUGGGCCGAGCCAGCACCCGGGCGGGCCUUGCCCCAGCCAGAGCCAGAGAAGGAGCGCCGCCGUGCAAGCCUGAGAGGGUCACUCAGCCGUGCCUUGGGUCUAAAAUUACGUGGGGACUCGCAACAUAAUAGGAAGAGGGACAGCCGAGAACUACCAGGAACAAGUAACGGUGUGGCUUCACCGUCAUCUUCAUCAGAAAAUAGUUCAUCUAUUGCUAAUUUCAACUACCAUCGUCCAGGAUCAUAUCAAUCACAAGGUGGUAGUGAAUAUUCUGCACCAGCUGGUCUUAGUGAAACAUUUAAACAAAGACAUCACAGGCGGGUGAAGUCAAUUGGUGAUAUUGAUACAGUGACAGUGACUCCUGUUUAACAUUCACUCAUGGAUGUUUGCUUUUUCAUAACUACCUUCUUAGCAUUUUUAUUGGUAUGGGGAAUGCAACAAAAAUUAAUUAUAGUUUUAAUGAGCUACAAGCAUGAAAUUAUGUUUUGUUAUUUUUUCUAAUUCAAAACAACUUAAUCUAUUUUUUAAUGAGAAUGAUAAGAUACAAAGUUUGGGUGCAAGAUUUCCAAACACCCAUAGGUGAGAUUGUGGUGUAAUGAAUUUUUGCAUCUGGAACUAUUAUAGAUAUGUGUCGGUUCUGCAAGCUCAAACUCUGCAGUUCUCUUCCAAUUAAAUAAUAGUAAUCCAAUGUUGCCUUUCAUGUAAUUAUUUAUAAAACUGUUUCUUCAUGAACUCCAACACUGUCUUGUUUACUUCAAACAAUACAAGCAUGAAGAAUAUAUCAAUUUUAAAAGCAUGUUGUAAAAUGUUACCAAAAGUGUGUGCCUCUGACAUUUUCAAUUCCAAGAGAAACUCACAACUAAAUUUUUUAUUUGUGAUUAUUUUUUAUUUGUGAAAUUAUAUUUUUUCCACUCAUAGGUAUUAGUGCAUCAGAUGUAAAUUGCCAAGCAGUAGGAUCUGGCAUUUCAAGACAAUAUCAAUAACAAUUGGCCUAUGCAUUGCCUGAAUGUGCACCAAUUCUUGUAUUUCUAAGACAUAUAUCUAUUCAGUGUUUAACUAUGCUCAUUGCUAAAGUGGCCUGAAAUGUAUUUAACAAAUUAAUAUUUUGAUGUAAUGUGUUUUUGGUGCAAUAUAUUGUAUUCAAGUCAUUUCUCACUGCAAGGUAGGAUUUUGAUAAGCAGUCUUCCUGAACAAAUAACAUGUACCACAAUAUACAAUCAAGAUUGAUGUAAAGAACAAAAUUCAUUUCAUUCUGUGAAAUAGGUCUUUUUGAAACCACUCUUUUAUCAUGAUUAGACCUGUACUUAACCUGGCAGAGUGGUCUCUUCAUCAGUUCAGAUCAAUUGAUAUUCCUGGACAUAUAAUAUGAUAAAGAUUAAUCUCUAAGCAAUCAGAAAUCAGCUUGCUAAAAGUUUUAAUAACGUUGAAUCAAAGUUCAUGAUCUGCCCUGGUUAACCUAGCAUCACUGUGCAAAUGUACCGGUUAUGCAAAAUUGCACAGUUUAUGAAGAAUAUUAAUUGUCAAAUUACACAUUCUAAACUCCUUAAAUUAUAGAGUGCUAAUGUAAUUUUUCUUCUUCCAAAAAUUAUUUAUUUUAAAUACAAUUUACUAAUUAAUAUGUUCAUCUGCAGUCUACCCAAACUGAAGAAAUUAUAUUUUUUUGAUAUACAUUAUUAUUCAUCUCUGCCCCUCACAGGUAUCAGCUGUUGAUAGUUUCAUCCAAUUGGAAGCUCUAACAUCACCAUUGUAAUAUCACUAUGGUGAUGUUGAAGCUGCUGAUUGGAUGAAACUGUCUACACCAGAUACCUGCCAGGGGCAGAGGUGGAUAAAUCGCAGUAUAUAGUGUUUAUCAUUACGAUUACGCAAUGCUAACAAAUUACAAAGAAAAAUUUUUUCAUGAAUUUUGUGUACCCUUAUCAUUUUCUUCAUGAGAAUAACUAUAAAAAGUACUCUUAUUGAAUUUACUACUACACCCAUUCAAAAUGUAUAUUUAAUUUCUGUAUAUUACUUACGAUCACAUACCAUUCUAUUCUUCACAGAAAAGAAUUAUUUUUAGAAAGUGAUAAUUGGGUAUUAUCACCACCUUUAUUUCUCCACCUCAUUGUUAUAUGGCCAAAGGAGAAUGUGUAAUAAGAAUACUGUCCAAAGUGGAGCAGUCCAAAAUUACAAUCAUCACAAUUACAGUUUACAACCUUAUCUUUUACAUGAUAAUUAACGUGCAAUAAUUAAUUUAAAUAGUUUCUAAUCUUUGCAAGAUCUUAACAUUAUGUCAAAGAUCAAUUUUUGGAUUCUCUCUCCAUUUGCACACGGAUGUUUGGUUUACUUGUCCUGCAUUAUACAUAUAUAACUCACAAAUAAGAGAUUAAUUAAUACAUUAUCAAUUGCAAUGUGAUGUAUAAGUAAAGCCAUCACACUUUUGGAAAAACAGCAUUAAGUAUUCUGUGUUCAAAAUUCAGUGAGUACAUUAAUGGGAUUUCUAACAAGAAAAUGGCUUGUAUAUUAAAGACCUGAGCAAAAGAUUGUACUGAAUGAAAUCCUUCUGAACACCAAAAAUAGAUAUGUAUUUGUAUAUAACCAUUCCCUCCCAAUACAGAACAUAAUUAUAAAUUAUUAGUCAUUGCAAAGUGCAACAUUUGUAUCACUGGUGGAUUUUUGGUAAUAUUGCUGGUAAUUUUUUGAACUACACUUUUCUGAUCUAUCUUUAUAGUAUUGAUCUUUUAUCUGAUCUCUUUUGUUUUACUUCUUGUCGUCAACAUUACUCUCAUUUUUUCAAGAUUUCAACACAAAUAUACCGAUUGGAUGUCUAACCAUUAAGAUUUGAUUUCCAAACAUAAUGUGUAGGCAUAUAGUUACUGUAAAGUUGGGAUAAUUUGUCCCUGCUAUAUUACUUUGUUGCAAAGCCAGGUGACUUUGACCCUAACAUAAUACUUUGUCCCCCAAAACUAAAGAAGCAUGCAUACUACAAUCUUAUAGUUUCAAGUUUCCAUAGAUCUUAGCCUGUCAGAAAAACCAACGUCAGAUAUCAAUCUAAAGCCACUAUCUUGUGGCAGUGUGCUUCAGUCAAUUUCAUUUUGGGGCAAACCAUUACACAGCUAAAGUAACUUGCCUUUACGGUACUCUAAUUAUCCAAAAUUAGAUUUUUAAGUCUGACUUUAAGGAUGGAAAGUGAUUCUCAUAAUAUAUUUUUCCUCACUCUCCCUUUCUUAUUAGUAACCUGGCAAGUCUAAAUAAACAAUUAUGUCUUUUAUUAUGUUUGAGAAAAGCCAACCUAAAUAGAGGAUUGAUAGCAACAACAUCCAGUCUCUGUAAGUUUGGGGAUGUGGAUUCAAUUUGUGUAAAUCAAAGUUUUUAUUUUCAGUUCUUGGUUCCUAAUAUCCUGCUAGCAAAAUAACACUUGAAGAUCAAAGAAAAGCAAAAGUUUUUGUUUUUUUUAUCAACAUAAAUAUAUUUCACUAGAACUACAUCUUAGUGCAACAACUCAAUUGAUCCGCACUUUCUUGAAUUUACCAUGAUUAUAGCUUUUGAAUUCUUCUCAAACAUUGUUUUGUUAUUUCAGUUAGAGAUUACGAUCUGGUUCUUAGCUACUGCACGACUGGUAGAAACUGCUUCCUCCAAGACAAUGUUUUUAGCAGAUAUUACCAUGGGUUUAAUUCAUAUUAUAUCAACUCAGUUGAUAUCCACAUUCACACAGUUACAAUUAACAGUCCGAAUAUGUUUCACAAGCAAUGGUUACUUGAAAGAACCUUCUUGUAGACCAUUCAGUAAAAUCACAAAAUGUUCAGGCCCAAUCUUUGAAUAGGUCAGUUCCCAAUCAUUUAAAAUUAACUACAUUCCACAUACUAAAUAAUUGCCUUUAAAUUAUUUGGCUAUCACUCAAGCAUUAUUAUUAUUAUUAUUAUUAGACCACAUAGGGUUAUGCUUUG